AUGAAAGCUGCUCUUGCACUCAUCUUCUUCACCUGCAUUGCUGGUUCAAAUCUUGGGCUAUCUUGUUUCACAAGAACACGUUAUUAUGCAAUCAAACCAAUGGUUAGUAACGCCAUCAACAAUCUUCUUGGUAAUCUUUUCGGUCAUCUUCCAUCAAUCUUCAGUUCAUUUCUUAGUAAAAUGUCAAAACCACUCACUGAAAUGGAUCACCAUCUUUUAAACCACGGCAUAUCAACUGUUAUGAGUUCAUUAGUUGGAUCACGUUUUAUUGAAAUUACAAGUCAAUUGGCUAAUGUUGUCUCAGUUGCUCAAGGUGUUAUCUCAACCACUAUUGCAAAUCUUACCAGUGUUGCUUCAAAGUUUAUGUUAAAAAGACAUGUAUAA